UCGUUAACGGCAUCAGCAAAUUUACCUAGCACAAGCGCUUGAGCUGGUUCCGGAGUGAUCACUCAUAUUGAAGACGACCCCAAACUCCUAGCUGGGACAUAUGGCGAAUCGUCUAUUGGGGUCACUGGCCGAUAAAUUUAAGAUACAUAACAGGAGAAAAAAAGAUGUAGUUCGAGCUAUAUACUUUCGUAAAAAGGAAUUGAACCCGAAAUCUACACUGCGAGAAUUUUCAUUUUAUUUAAUUUUUCUUUUGGAUCUAUCCAUAUUGACCUUUGGAAUGGUAAAUACCAACAUGUAUUUCUUCACCAAAGUUAUGUCUCACCUCUUCCUAGAAACCAACUCCUUUGUCAAUGGCAUAAACUUCAAGUCGAUAAGCAGCAUAGAAAAUUUCUGGGAGUAUGCAGAGGGGCCACUCCUGGAUAGUCUUUACUGGAAAGAAUGGUACAAUGGCCAGCCUUUGUCUCAAGGCAAGAGCUACAUAUACUAUGAGAAUAUCCUUUUAGGACGCCCUCAAAUUCGACAGAUAAGGGUGCGCAACAAUAGUUGUUCUAUUCAUGAAUAUUUUCAGAAGAUGUUUAAAGAUUGUCAUGAUGCUUAUUCUUUUGCAACUGAGGAUCAGUCACCUUUCGGCCCUAGAACUGGAGCGGAAUGGGAAUAUCGUCUUCCUAAUAAUGAAUUUGAGCUAUGGCACUGGGGUAGACUUGGUACAUAUAGCAAUGGUGGCUAUAUUUUCGAAUUAGCGCAAGAUAAAGUUGCCAGUCUUGGGAAAAUUAAACGCCUUAAAUCAAAACUUUGGCUUGAUAGUGGGAGUAGAGCUGUCUUCAUAGACUUUACAGUCUACAAUGCAAAUGUUAACUUGUUUAGUGCAAUCAGGCUGCUGGUGGAAUUUCCUGCAACUGGUGGAGCCAUCCCUUCUUCUGAAUUUUUCACAGUCAAACUCCUGCGAUAUGUUUCUCACUUUGACUUCUUUCUGGCUGCUUGUGAAGUUAUCUUUUGUUUCUUUAUCUGCAACCAAGUGAUCCAAGAAGCCAUAGAGCUGCACAUUCACAGGAUGGCAUACUUCAAGAAUUUUUGGAAUUGGUUGGAUUUUUUAAUUGUCCUGUUUUCUUUACUAGCCAUCUUUUACAACAUCUAUCGUACAAUAAAAGUAAGCUUAUUACUUGAGAAACUUCUGGAAAAUUCAGACACGUACCAAAACCUCUAUUUCUUGGCUUACUGGCAGAACCGAUAUAAUGUCAUAAUUGCAUUUACUGUUUUCAUCGCAUGGAUAAAGAUUUUCAAAUACAUUAGUUUCAAUAUGACAAUGACUCAACUAUCUACUACACUCUCUCGUUGUGCCAAAGGCAUUGUUGGAUUUGCCAUAAUGUUUUUUAUAGUAUUUUUUGGAUAUGCUCAGUUAGGCUACCUUAUCUUUGGUACCCGGGUAGAACAUUAUCACACUUUUGGCAACUGCAUUUUCACACAGUUUAGGAUUAUUCUUGGAGAUUUUGAUUUCCAUGAAAUUGAAGAGGCAAAUCAAAUUCUUGGACCCAUUUACUUCAUUACAUUUGUAUUCUCCUUAUUCUUUGUACUGUUGAAUGUGUUCUUGGCUAUCAUUAAUGACACUUAUUCUGAAGUCAAGGAUGACAAAACAUUACAAGAAGUAGAUUUUGACAUUAUUGAUGUGUUCAGAAAGGGUUACAACAACGUGCUUUUGAAACUCAAUAUCAAAAAACCUUUCUUUCUUGCUAAUCGAUCUGCCAAAGGAGGCCAGAAAUCUCAACAGAAUGAUUUUGAGAAGGAUGAAGAUGAUGAGCAGAAUCUUACAGAAUCUAAAAUGAGAAUAUUGCAUCGACAAAAUAUUGCAAAUAAAUAUGACAAUGAUCCUGUGCUAGAACCCACUGUCCAUCACAAGCCUGCGAAGAAUUCAGAUCAACAAACUACUGCUAAAGAUUAUCAAUUUCUGAUGAUGCGCACAGGUCAACUGGAGGAGAGAAUGAAUGAAAUGAAUUCUAAAAUAGAUUGGAUUAUGGAGCAGCUUGAGAAGCAAAGAUCUGUGCGGAGUAGAAAACAGGUUACAACUGAUAUCACUGACCUGAAUUAGAAGACAACACUUGGAAGACAUGACACUUAGGAGACAAUUUGAAUCAUAGCUCAACUUGAUUGUACAAGAAAAAUGAAAGGACAGCUUUGGUGAAAAAAAUUAUAACAACAACAGUCCUACUUUUGGAAACAUGGAUUCGCCUUUAGGGCGCAGAAAUAUCAGCAAAACGACCCUGUUUAAUAAUCUUCUUACUCUAUUUAGAAUUUAAAAAUGUAUUAGCAAGAAUGUGAUAAUAAAAACAUUGUUGCUGAUGCCA